GAAAGACAUUCUCCAGAGAUCUUCGGGCCGGAUCGUUUCAAAAAAUACACUGUGAGUGUAGAAACGAUCCAAAGGGUUUGUGUGACAUCAGAUACACCUUUUUCGUGUUUCUGCGGUUCUGUUUCUGUUGCGUUUCUUGUUUUUGUUUUUGUUUUACAACUACCCUUUCUGGUUGACCUUUGUGUAGCUUUCUAAAGCUCUGACAUCGGUGAAACUGUGGCGUAUAUAUUGUACAGGUGUAGAUGUAAUGCUUAAAGAGCGGCGAACAUAACAUAACUGCACGACUUUACCUUUCCUGCAUCGAAAUGAUAUUUCAGUGUGACAUGUUUUUAAUUCAGCGCAUGCGCAAUACAUCGUCGCGGAUCGUUGAUGAUCUCCCGGGAGUAGACUAUACCCUGGCGUUUCGUACAAUAGAUUUGGCAAGUACGUGUACAUGUAGCCUACGGAAUAAACUCCGAGCAACUCAUAUAAACACGUCAAAAUGGAAGGAAACCGUCCAAAGGUUUGCGUGGUCGGAGGAGGUGUGAUUGGUUUAGGCUCGGCAUAUUUCAUCAAAGAUCUCACGAUUGGACACCAGGGCGUGGAUGUGACAGUAAUCGCAGAGAGAUACCAUCCGGACAUCACCAGCAGUGUUGCUGCCGGGUUUUGGGCUGUGCUAGACAUCGUAACUGUCUGUAAACCAGAACAGCUAGCCAAGCUAAGAAAGUGGUCCGUGUCAACCUGGGACCAUAUGAACAGCCUCAACUGUUCAGAAGAAGCUACUGAAGCGGGGACUUGUCUCUCAUUUGGAUACACCUUGUUGGAUAAGCCUGACCCGCAUUUUUUGGAAUUUUGGAGGGACACCUUCUUCAACUUCAGAAAAAUGGGAAAUAGUGAACUGGAAAUGUUUCCCCCAUUCAGACAUGGUUAUAGCUACAUCACCCUUCUAUCGGACUCCGUACGAUAUGUGCCAUGGUUAAUGAACAAACUGAAGGAAAAGAACGUCAGAUUUAUAACCCGUAAAAUUAACAGUUUAGUAGAGCUUGCGAAGGAUUAUGAUGUGAUAGUCAACUGCACUGGUCUUGGAGCAGCGCAGCUUGUUGGCGACAGUCGGGUUCAACCAGGCAGGGGGCAAGUUAUAAAGGUCCAAGCGCCAUGGAUAAAGCAGUUUGUGAUUGCAGUUGAAGAAAAUGCCUUUUACUACAUUUUUCCUGGUCCCGAUACGGUGGUGCUUGGGGGUACCUACCAAAAAGAUAACUGGAAUCUGGAACCCACCGAUGAAGACCGAAAGAAUAUAUGGGAGGGAUGCUGCAAAGUUAUUCCCAGUUUAAAGCAUGCGAAAGUGCUUCGGGAUGCAGUUGGUCUUAGACCGCUGAGGGACUCUGUUAGACUGGAGUCGGAACUGAUCACAACCCCUCAAGGACGAAAAUGGGUUGUCCAUAACUACGGACAUGGCGGGGCAGGCAUUACCACCCACUGGGGAUGUGGCCAGGAGGCCGCAGAACUGGUGAAAGACUGUUUACAGAAAAUCGUCCUUCAAGCAAAAUUAUGAUCAGACGCUUUCAAGUUUAUAUUUUUAAGUGUGAUGUGAUAAAAAGUAGUGAUUUAUCUACAUGUACGUGCCAAAUAACUGUUUGACAAAUGUACUCUCUGCUAUUACAUAACGGAAGUUAGGCACCUGGAGUUACGGAAAGUGCAAUUUAUGGUCAAGUGUAAUUUUUAUUCCAAUCCAAGCAAUUUUUCGUCUUAUAAAGGGGCAUAGCCUAGUAUGUAAGCUUACAUAUUAUGUAAGCUUACACGUAUAUACAUAACUAUUAUGUUGGUUUUUCAUACAAAAAUGGCUUCUAGCGGGAUCGUGACGUCUCCGAACAGGAUGUCAUUGAAAAAGCAUUGAACUGCAAUAAACACUGCACUAAAACUUGGUCUACCAAAGUCAGUCCGAAAUUCACAAGCCAUGUCAAAAACUAUCUUGCAGCAAUGGCGCAAAUCGUGCGAUACCGCACGUGGCGGCGCAUGAUGGCAAGCAGGACGUGUAUUAUCCUCCUGGCCAGGUGCACCACACGCCCAAGCUGUCCCUGUAAAGGACGUCUCCCAAAUAGCCGCGACUUGAGGAUGAUGUCUACAACCACAUCAGAAGGCAUCGAAUGUUUAGAAAAGAUUAUUCAUGUUUUGCUAUUCAAAGAUCUGAUUCAAAGGGUUAACCAGAGAAUAAACGGUUUUAAACGUUUUUUGAUCUA